UAGCAGGGACCUUGCCCUUCUCCCAGUUAUGAACUCCUAGCUGGACCCAUCCCAGGCCUAAACUGGCUGCACUUCCUACUGGAUAUCCUUUGUUCAAUGUGUCAGUCUGGUCUCAUUGGGUUACGGCAAAUUAAAUUCCUGUAGAUAGGCAGUGAACAGAUGAUGAAGAGGAGAAUAGGCUAAAUCGUGUUACUUGAUAUCUUUGUAAUGGUAAAUUAAUUUAGCGUAGAAGACAAAUGUGUUGCCGCGUGGCCUGAAUCGGCUUCUGGGAUAUCGUGUUCUCCUACUUUGAUUUAGACAUCGAAAAUUCAGCAUUUUACUUUGGUUCCUGCUCCAUAAAAAAACCUCUGUAAAAAUCCAGUGGAGACAUUCUUAUAUCUUCUUAAUUCAAUCACAAAUCAAUCCCCAUCAAACGCUUUCACGUCUGGAAUAAAAUAACGCCUUACAAUUGGCGAUGAGCUUAAUAUCAAUUUCCUUAUUUCUUUGUCAGAAAAAAAACACAUCAGUGAUCUGACUGAUCUCCUUUAAGUUUCUGGAGAAACCCAUCACAACCUUAUAAUGAUGAAUGACCAAGACAGCGCCCUCUUAAGAAGGUCCAAGGAUGCAGCAGGAGCUAAGAUCGAAGAAACCGCUGCAGCUUUGAAUGAACUUAGUAACGACAUCUGGACGCAUCCUGAGUUAGACUUUGAGGAACACCAUUGCCACGCUAGCCUGACAAACUUCCUAGAAAAGCAAGGAUUCGAGGUAACACGGAGCUUCCAUCUGGACACAGCCUUCAAGGCUACAUACGGUACCGAUGGCGGUGCCCAUGUUUGUGUGAUCUGUGAGUACGACGCUCUACCUGAUAUAGACCAUGCCUGUGGACAUCCUCUGAUCGCCGAGUCAGGAGCAGCUGCAGGUUUAGGGAUCAAAGCUGCACUCGACCUGCCCGAUGCGCCGAAAGGAAGGGUGACGAUCAUGGGUACCCCUGCCGAAGAGCACGGUGGCGGGAAGAUUAAGCUCAUCAAUGCAGGAGCCUUCCAAGGAAUGGAUGUUGCUAUGAUGGUUCAUCCCUUCCCUCGUAAUGUAUCCAGGCCGGUCAUUCUGGCUUGCACAACCAUGGAUGUUACUUUCACUGGUCGGGCAGCACACGCGUCAUCAUGUCCGUGGGAAGGGGUGAAUGCUUUGGAUGCUGUUGUCUUGUGCUAUGCCAACAUCUCCGCAAUGAGACAGCAUCUCAAACCAGAAUGGAGAGUCCAUGGCACCAUUUUGAAGGCCGGCAAGACCCCCAGUAUUAUCCCGGAGGAAUCGCAGAUGACAUUCUACCUAAGAACAGUCGAAAGCAGUGACAUGCCUACACUUAAAGAAAAGAUUGGCGGAUGUGUAAAAGGAGCUGCUACGGCAACCGGCUGCAAGGUAGAGUACACUUUCGGAAAGGACUACGCCAAUUUAGUCACGAACGAGGCACUAGCGUCAGUGUACGAGCGUCAGCUGUCGGAACUCUCCGUCGAUUACGCUACCAGUGAAGUGACGUUCUCUACGGAUAUGGGUGACGUUUCUUACGUUGUGCCAAGUAUACAUCCUUUGUAUUACAUCGGAACUGACGCAGCUAACCACUCGAGAGAAUUCAAUGCUGCAACUGGAGCCGCGAAAGCACAGAAACCGACCCUUUCCCAGGCCAAGGCCAUGGCGUUCACGUGUUUGGAGCUGAUGCAGCCCGGUAACAGGCAUCUUCUCGACAAAGUGAAGGAGGAAUUCAACGACAAAGUAGGCCCAUCUUCUCCAAAAUAGCGAGUUUUCGGUUCUGGAUAGAACGGGGUCCGUUCCAGAGAGCAUGGAGAGGGUCGCAAAUGAGAAGAGCUUGAUGUUCAACCAAUCAGAAUUUGGAAUGACAUUGUCGAUUCGUGUGUGAAAUAACACAUUGUGGAAUGCUGUAUUAUAAUAAAAUGCAUUUAAACGCACCUCUUUUUUGCUGCAGUCGAUCCUGGAAGACGUCAUUAGACCUUAUGAAACUAGAAAAGCUGUAUCAUCGCGCUAAGCUCGAACGGGACUACACUGUAAAAACUGCGGUGUUAAAACUGACACCAAUUGGUGUUAAUAGAGGACCACACCCUGAGGUG